AUGACACUGCAUUCACCGGCGGGCACGCCGGCUCGAGCGCGCAAGCCCCCGGAGGCCUUCGCCACGUCGCUGCUGAACCUCGAGGUGAAGGUGCUGACGCAAGCGCUCGGCGCGGAGAACCAAUGGGCAGAACAGGGCGAUGGCCGUGUUGUGUUCAGUGACUUCACCAUCCGCGUCAUCGCGGCUGGCGUCGGAAAGGAUGAAACGCAGAGGGAAAGGAAGACAGCCGAGCUGACUUCCUCUGGGGCAGCUGACGCAGCCACGGCAAGCGGAAACGACGGCGUAGGGGCGGCGCCGCGGAAGAGCGUGGCCACCUCGGAUGCGUCGGCGCUGUCGAACACGGUCUCGGAGUUCGAAGAGGACGACACGGCCGACGAGCUGAUCAUUCUUGAAGACACCAUCAGCAACGACACUCCGUUUGUCGGGGAGAACUGCUGCAUUGUAUGGAAUAGCUUUGAGAAGCAGCUCUCUCUGUGCCUCAUGUAUGCCUCGGAGGAGGGCUACUCCGCGUCCUGGAGCGCGCUCGUGGCGCUGCAAGAUAAGAGCUACCCGCCGUUCCGCUUUGACCUCUUAGAGCGAUGCCGGCCAGUCAGCGAGCGGACGGCGCUGGCACCGGGUGACAGUACGUCCUCCCUCACCCCAUCCACGGCGGCGACCGACAAAACAGAGGACGUGGUGCUCCCGUACUCGUAUUUCAUCCACACCAAGUACGAUCCCCCCCUCGGCUUCAUCGAGCAUCACGCCUUGUCACUCUCCAUCAUCGAGCACCGUCACGCGACGAACCCGGCCCUCUACGCGGACAAGGAAACGGUACUGAAAAUGCUGAACAUGGCGAACGCUGACCUGCUGGACUACCUCAUAUCAGAGGACACGUUUCCGCUGCUUCUCUCGGGGCUGCAGUGCACAGCUGCGCCGCGGAGCUGGUCGGUGCCGGAGCCGCUGCGACUGCUGCACAUACCUGAAGAAGUCAUCACGUUUAUCCGGAAGGACCGCUGGAUCGGCUUUCUGCAGAACACGGUGCUUCCGAGUUGCGGCGCCGCCGAUUCGGUUGCUGAGCUGAUCGCCAAGUACGCAACUAUGAGUCGGCGAGUUCGCAACGACAUCGUGUGCGCGCUGCUCACCUGUGACAGCAUGUUCUCGGAGGCUUGCGAGGCGCUCCGGGUCCUGCCUCAGGUGACGCCAGCGAUGGCGAGCGGUGGGUCAAGUGCGCGCAACCGCGGCCUGUCCGUCGAAGCCUCGUUGAGCGUGACAUCUCUCAGCUCUGAGGGACGUUGCAGCAUGAGUGGAGUAGGGAACGGCGCACCGUCGCCCAGCUCCACACCACCGGCGGUCGACACCGUGCCCCCGGCGCAAAAGGCGGAGCUGCAAGUUCUCGCUCACCUGCGCUUUUUCCGCGAACUUGUUACCCUUAGCAUUGCCGAGCUCGGACGUGAGAUGGUCGGGCCGAUUGUGGGCAAGAUUUAUCAGAGUGGUGUGCUGGAGCCGCUCUCCCUCGUGGCGGAGAGGUUCGCGAUGCCAAACGGGACGGCGGCGGCGUUCGUCAAACACAUCAUGGACGGUAGCGGGGGCGCACUGAACGGUGCCCGGCGCAACGGCGGUGGCGGCUCGGCCUCCAACUCGAACAGCGCCGCCGCUGGUGGCACAAGCAGUACCGCCAACUGCUACUCGCUCGCGGUGGAGCAGGAGCUGGCGGCAGUGCUGGACGUCACGCUCGUGCGGCUGAACGAGCGGCAGGAGGAGCAGCUGAUGAAUGAGCACGUGCGAUCGCCGAUUUUGGCAGACCCCGUCAAAUACAACGGCAUUGUCACAUUCAUGCUGCGCCAGCUAAUCGUGGGGGGUCCUAUCGGGGCAGCCUUCGCGACCAGCGGCACUGGCACGAAUGCGACUCGUUCCUCCUUGUCCAUCUUCCCGCCACCAAAGCGUAUCCUUCGAGACAGCAUGUCCUCCACCAACCCAUUUGCGCUCUUUCACGUCCUGGGACUUCACGAUGACGAGGGGUCUGCCGCGUCGGAGCGCAAGCUGGACUCCGAAAGCACGGGCAUCCGCAAUCGGUUUCACAAUUUCAUCAUCACCAAGUACAUUGCCCACGCCACGCGUGGCGUCAUGACGCCGGUGCCGCUGCCCCCCUCCCUCGGCGGCGUCGUUGGCUCUACCCGCAACAUUCCCAUCGUGCAGUUUAACAACGCCAACGCGUCCCAGAACGGCGGCGCUAGGCCGGUGCAUCAGGACGGCAACGGCAGCGACACCGCCAGCGCGACGGUUGGGGCACCGAACACUUGCCCGGCAGCUGGCGGCGGCGGCAGCGGUGCGGCGUCGCCGGUGUUACCGCUGCCGCAGGGCAUCACUCCCGCGCUCAUCCGGGUCCUCGAGUACAUGGUGAACCUCACGAACAACGCCAAUCGCGAGUUGAUUCUGAAGACUGUCUUCCACUACAAAUCCCAUAUUUGGCACUUCAUCGAGGGCGUGUGCGACACCUUGUGCGGCGAAAACGGGGCCGGUGCACGGUGCCAGAUCGGGUUAGAUGUGCUGUGCGGCUGCGUGCGCUUUCUCAAGGUUGUCGUGACGCAGAUGACGGUGAUCACGGCAGAGGUGGAUGAGAAUCCGCUGUCGUCGUACGCGUCGUCACGUGAGCCGUUGUCGCCGCAACUCGUCACCACGAUUUGCCGCCAACUCACUGUGGAGAGGGACACCUUUGGCUACUUCCUGAAAGCAUACAACGAGCUCGGUGGGCGACGCCGCGACUCCGUCUUCCACUCGAGCCUGCUAUCAGUGCUUGACAUUAUAGGCAAAUGCUCCGUGCACGAGCCGGAGGACAGCACCACGAACAACCUACGCGAUGUUCGCGACUACCUCUUUUUCAAGCAUUUCACACGACUUCCGGAGGUAUUCGCCUGCCGUUACCGCGAAGCCCUCCUGAGCGAAGUGACCGUGCGCCUUGGCCAGGAGGCGACGCACUCGCCAAACGACAGCGUCUCUGUGCUGAGCAGCACUGCAGGCAGUGAGCUGACCCGCUGCUCUAGCAAGCUUCGCUUCGUCGACGAGGUGGAUGCAGUAUCAGGCGGUGUGGAUGGCACGGUGGUGCCCAGCAGUGUCGUGAGCCCUGCCAUUAUGGUGAGCAUGGCGAACGCGGAAGAAAAGCAGCGUCGGCGCCACGGCCGCUCGUCGAUGGAGCAAUGGAAUGCAACGGCUAACAUUGCUAUGGGCUCACCAUUGCAAGUGCGUUCGGUGGCUUCCUUGGGCUUGGCGGAUGACCAUGGUACGCGGGCUUCUCCCUCGUCCUCGCCACCGAGCCGCAAGAGCUCACCGUUGACGAUCAGCAUCACCCGCCCAGGUAGUGGUAGCAACAGCAGCAGUGGCAGCGCAGGUAGCUCCCGCACACCAGCUGGUGAUCUGCUCAAGGUAAAUGCCGCUCAGCACAAUGGCUCUUCCGUGAAUGGCGACGGGCCGCUUGCUCAGGCCAGUCCCCCCAGCACAGUGGUGCCGACCACCCGUAAAGCCGACACGGUGCUGCGGCCGACCGCGCCGAAGGAAGAAAAGCCGCCGGCGCGCCCACGCAACUUCGCGAGCGUCCUCGAAAACCCCUCGCGCACCAACGCCGCGGCUUCUGGCGAGCAAGGUCGCAAGAGUCGGAGCAUGCCAAACGCCACUGCCAAGCACGCGCCUCCCUCUCCGGAGGAAGUGUUGUUGAGCAGAACUGGACAGAGUUCCGUGCCGCAGAGUGUGGAGCACGCCAAUGGGACGGCACUACCGUUCAGUGACAACGUUGUGCUUCCCAAGAUCAAGAAGCUCCUUUCAACGGGCGGGAAGCGCUCGUGA